AAGUCGUCGUGGCACCGCACUUUCACCACUUGUCUUUAUCCUCUUUUUAUAAUUAUUAAUCAAAAUCAAAUGAGCAAAAAUUGAAAGCAACAAAUUUCUUCUUCUCUUCUUCAAGCUCAUCAAUCAAUGGCGUCGUCUCUAUCUCCACCGGAAGAAGCUUCGUAUCACCACCGUCAUACCAAAAGGUACACCUCCUCCGCUUCCUCCGCUUCCUCCACCACCAACGGAACCGUCGAAUCAUCGGUUUCCGAUUUCGUCAAACGUCCCAAAAUCUCUCAUCCGAAUUACAUAUCAAGUUCCGAGAUCGAAUCAGAGUUUUCUCAUCACGAUCCAGAUUUCGCAAGAAUCAACAACGGUAGUUUUGGUUGUUGUCCGUCAUCAAUCCUAGCUUUACAACGAGAUUGGCAGCUCCGGUUCCUUCGUCAACCGGAUCGAUUCUAUUUCGACGAACUCAAACCAAAAAUCUCCGAUUCUAGAUCUGUAAUCAAACGGUUAAUAAACGCCGAGCAUGACGAUGAAGUCUCGAUCGUCGAUAACGCAACAACCGCAGCUGCAAUCGUUCUUCAACAAACCGCUUGGGCUUUUCGUGAAGGUCGGUUCGAUAAAGGCGACGCGGUGGUUAUGCUUCAUUACGCUUAUGGCUCUGUGAAGAAAUCUGUUGAAGCGUAUGUUACACGCUCCGGUGGACACGUCACCGAGGUACAGUUACCUUUUCCGGUUAUUUCGGCGGAUGAGAUUAUUGACCGGUUUAGGAUUGGUUUAGAGUCUGGUAAAGCGAAUGGUAGGAGAGUUAGGUUAGCUUUGAUUGAUCAUGUGACUUCUAUGCCAAGUGUUGUGAUUCCUAUUAAAGAGCUUGUGAAGAUUUGUAGAAGAGAAGGUGUUGACCAAGUUUUUGUUGAUGCUGCUCAUGGGAUAGGUUGUGUUGAUGUUGAUAUGAAGGAGAUUGGUGCUGAUUUCUAUACUAGUAAUCUUCAUAAGUGGUUUUUCGCACCGCCUUCUGUUGCUUUCUUGUAUUGUAGGAAAUCGAGUAAUGGUGGUGUUGCGGAUUUGCAUCAUCCCGUUGUUUCGAAUGAGUAUGGGAACGGUUUGGCGGUUGAGAGUUCGUGGGUUGGAACUAGAGAUUAUAGUGCUCAGUUGGUGGUUCCUUCGAUAUUGGAGUUUGUAAAUCGGUUUGAAGGCGGGAUUGAUGGUAUUAAGAAGAGGAAUCAUGAGUCUGUUGUUGAGAUGGGUCAAAUGUUGGUUAAGUCUUGGGGGACUCAGCUCGGUUGUCCCCCUGAGAUGUGUGCGAGUAUGAUCAUGGUUGGGUUGCCAGUGUGUUUAGGAGUGUCGAGUGAGUCGGAUGUUUUGAAGCUUAGAACGUUUUUAAGAGAAAAGUUCAGAAUUGAAAUCCCAAUCUACUUUAGGCCACCAGGGGAUGGAGAGAUUGAUCCGAUCACGGGAUAUGUGCGUAUUUCUUUUCAAGUUUACAACAAACCUGAGGAUUAUCAUAGGCUCAGGGACGCAAUAAACGGGCUUGUUAGAGAUGGGUUCAAAUGCACGUCUCUAUCUUGUUGAAUAAGGGCAUAAAGCUUUUCAGGCGAAUGAAUCAUGAGAAAGAAAGUUAUCAUGGUUUAGGUACCAUGGAGCUUUAUGAGAUUCGAAGGAGUCUCUAUUUCCACAAUCAUAUCUCUCAACUUCUUAUACAGUAAUGAUGUAUGAGAAAACUAAGUUUUCUUCUAUUUCCGUUGCUCGAAUCGCCUGUUCAAAAUUUCCCAUUUACAUAACCUUAGCAGGUCUAAUAAAGCACUCUAGUCCGUGUUGUUGUUCUCGUAAUUGGUCUUUAAAUUCUCUAAUUUGUUACGACGUGUCACGUGUAUGAUAUAAUUCGCAUGAAACUAUUUGGUUAAGCUCAUACAGAUCUGCAGCGUCUCGUUUCGGAUCACUCAACGUUGAUCUAAUGGUGUAAUUCGUAUAGCAGCAAGUAUUUGAACCGGAGACUUCUUCAACUAAGUAGUAUCAGAAUCGUGUUACUAAAACAUUUGGAGAUAUUUAAUUUUCGGCGAUGAGAAUAAUUUAUGUUGGUGGUUGUGUUGAUUGAAAUGAUUCCUCAAUCUCUCUAUCUCAGGUGCAUCUUCGUAACUCUGGUAACUCUGUACCUUUGACCAAAACCUACCAAAUUGUGGGUCCCAUUACAACUCAGCUAUUCGUAACUCUAACGUGGCAAAGCUUUAAAUAAUGGAUAUAUUUUAUGAACUGCGAAAUAAAACAUAGAAAUAAUAAAAUAGUAGAGCAAAAAAAAUUUUGGUUACAAAAUAGGUAUGGACUCACGUUAUCAAAAUGAACAAAACUCUCAUUCGUUUGUUUCAAAA